CGUAGAGACGAAACAGUACAAUAUAGUGAUAUGAUCACAUGUUUCACUUACCGUCUUCGAGAAUGGCAGAAUGGUGUUCUAUUUCAUUAUGAGAUGCCUAUUAUGGAUGAUGAUGGUUUGAAUGUGCUUUUCAAUUUUAUGGCACAAAUUAUCAGGGUGAAGAUGAGACAUGGAGUAUGCCAUCUGAUAAUGAUUAUGACGACGACGAGGAGGAGGAGGAGGAGGAAGAGGGGUAGCCUAAUUAUCCUCCAUAUUUUUACUUGCAGCUAAUGAAGAGGAUGAUGAAUUAUCAUAUGUUGAUUCAUAUGGCGUAAUUCCAAUGCCUAUUGCUACUGGUUUUGAAGGAGAAUUCUACAAGGGCCAGAUAUUUCACUCGAAACAAGCUACACAUGUGGCGGUUAAACACCACGUACUACAACGCAACUUUUAGUAUGGAGUGGUGGAGUCGUCACCUUCAAUAUGGAAGGUUAGAAUCUUGAAGUAUAAGGAUGACAAUUGUCCUUGGAUGGUGCAGUUUGGAUGUCGAGACGUUAGAAGCGAAUGGACUGUGAGAAAGGCCGAGUUGGUGCAUUUUUGUAGCAUUACGACUCAACCAAUAGAUCAUUGCCAUCUUGAUGUCGACGUUAUAUCUGAGUCCAUGAAACAUUUGGUACGUGCCCAACCAAAUCUUAGUGUUCUAACUGUGCAAGCCGAGUUGAAAGAUAAAUUUAAUAUGCAAGUUACUUAUAAGAAGGCUUGGUAUGGGAAACAAAGAGCAUUGGAAAAGUUGCAUGGAAAUUGGGAAGAAUCUUACGAUUAUUUGCAAACAUUCUUGAGGGUUGUGAAGAGAAAAAUGCCAACAUCAGUGAUUGAUUGGGUAAAAGUUCCUUCAUCGCAACCAGUUCAUUUGAUCUUCCAGCAAGUAUUCUGGGCUUAUGGACCUUGUAUAGAUGGAUUAAAGAAUUGUCCAUGAGUCAUGGUUGUUGAUGGAACAUUUCUUACUGGAAAGUAUAAAGGAGUGCUACUCAUGGAGAGCUCAUUUGAUGGCGGGAAGAAGAUUUUUCCAAUUGCAUGUGCCAUAGUGGAGAGUGAGAAUACUAAUAGUUGGGUCAUGGUUCAUAAGACGCGUUCAAGAUUUGACCAAUCGAAACGAUGUCUGCAUAAUCUCAGAUAGACAUGUUGGACUCUAUGAAGCCAUGAGUAACAUUGGAAGAGGACGGGAGUGGAGAUGGUGCAUGCGACACUAUGCAAGCAACUUGCAAAAGAAGACAAAAAGCAAAAUUAUGUAUAACCAACUGGUUCGAGUCGGUAAGUCUCUUCAUCGUUAUUGGUUUGAUUUUUGACGUAUUAUUUAUUUAAUUUAAUAUUAUCAUGAAUUUAUCUAACUCUUGUGGUUAUUUAUUUUGUUAGCCCGAGAAAAACGCUUAGAGAAGUUCGAUCAUCAAGUUGAGAAAUUUAAGAAGAUGGGCGCUGAAAGAAAUAUUUCUUAUGAUAACUGGGUGGAUCAAAAUCAACUUCGUUGGAGCUUAGCACAUAAUAACUAUAUUGGUGGGCGUCGAUGGUUUAUGCUGACGACCAACAUGGCAGAGAGCAUUGAUGGUGUUUUUAAAGGUAUUCGUUCACUUCCUAUAGUUUCUCUUGCGUAACAUACUUAUUGGAGAUUAGAGAAAUUCGAUAAGAUGAGGUUGGAGACAGAAGCACAAAUCAGAAGUGGGAAGUCACAGUACAGAAACCCAUGUGAAGAUCUUAUGAAGCCGUGGACACAAAAGGCAGUUGGACAUUCCGUGACGGGGGUUGAUCGACGUCAGGGCAUCUAUGUAGUUCAGACUCCUCCCAACAAUUUCAACAUGAUGGGUUCAAACACACUCACAGUGAAUUUUGAUGACCAAAAUCGAUCGGGAUUUUGCACUUGUGGCAAAUUCCAAGGAAAUAAAAUUCCUUGCUCUCAUGUCAUUGCAGCUUGCAACCGAAUGGGGGUUAACCCGUAUAGGUUUGUAAAUGACAUCUAUAAGCUGGAAACAGUAUUGGCUUGUUAUGGGACAAGUUUCACACCUCUUGAUGAACCUAAGGGGUGGAAGAAUCACAAUGGCUCUACUCUCCAUCCUAACGUGCACAUGAUUAGGAAGUCGGGAAGGCCACAAACAACAAGAAUUCACAACGAGAUGGAUUGGCCAAGAGAGGAAGUAGGUGGACAUGAUGCAUCCACUUCUGAUGGAGGAGCAAGUGGCAGUGGGAACCAGCGAAGAGGAAGUGGUAGACGUGCAGGAGGUGGUAUAAGAGGAAGUAGUGGUAAUCGACGUGGGUGGUGGUGAAAGGCGGUCGGCGUUAGUCGGCGCUGGGGGGGUUGGAGAGGUUUUGUGGUGUGGGUGUGCGUCGCUACGGGCGGGGAGGGUGGGGCGAAGAAGAUAAAGAGAUAAGAAAGAGAGAUGUGCGAGAACGCACAGGACUGACGCGGGUUGGCUUUUUGUGUGCAUCCUCAUUAGUCUGGCGCGGGUCCGCAUUUGUUCUCUUUGGAUCCAUAUUUGUGACGUCUAAAUUUGAGUCUCGCGCGACCCCACAACUCUUCCCCUACAAAAACACAAUAUCUAUGUCAAUUAAUUUAAAACCACCAUAAUGGUAGUAAAUAAAUAAAAAAACAAUAUUUUGGGAAUUUACCCGAAAUAAAACCCCAACUCAUUGGAAGUAAGAAUUGCUUGUUGAUCUGUCACUUUAUAUGCGGAGAUGAAUUUUAGUAUAUUUUAUGAUUUUUGGAUGAUUUAUAUGGCCUAUUUAGUGGUAGAGUCCACGAUAUUAUGGAUUGGAAUUAAGAAAAUCAUGUUAUCAUUCUUUUAACCAAAACAAAAGUUAAAUGAUCAUUUUGUACAAACAUUAAAAUUAUGUGACCAUUUUGGAUGAUUGCCCGUAAAUAAGACCAUGCCCACCAUGAAUGAUGGAACCAAAUUAUUAAACGACAAAACGGAGAGAAAAAAAGCCAAGACGAAAAAAACAAAAUAUACAGAUUUGAUGUUG